UGACAUAUUUGCCAUUUACUGUAUAUACUGGACAACUAGGUCUGGGGUGCACAUUAGAUGGGAUAUAGACAAACCAUAAUAGGUUUUGUAGUGAUUGUUUCCAUUUUUUCAUUCGAGUUUUUAUUUUAUUAUUGAAUUGACCAUUUUAUUGAACAUGGAACUUUCAAGUAUCUUGCCAGCUCCGGUCCAACCCAUUUGGGACCGUGAUGAUGAACGUCGAAAAAAGGCUACAUUGAAACCUGCUACUACUCUAGUAAGUGUUCACAGUAUCGCUCCUCCUUAUGGUCAAAGAAGAGGAUGGGUUCCUAGGAAUAUAACUGACUAUGGGGACGGCGGGGCUUUUCCUGAAAUACAUGUAGCUCAGUACCCUUUGGAUAUGGGUCGCAAAGCAGAUUCUAGUUCGAAUGCCUUGGCUGUUCAGUUGGGUGCUGACGGAAAAGUGAAAUAUGAUGUUUUGGCUCGACAGGGUCAUUCUAAAGAUAAAAUAGUUUACUCUAAGUUAUCAGAUUUACUACCAGUUGAAAUGGUUUCGGAGAAUGAUCCUAGUUUGCAAAAGCCUGGACAAGAGGAAAUUGAUGAAAUCACUGAACGAACAAAACAAGCUCUCAUGAAGAUAACAAAUUCCAAAAUAGCAGCAGCUAUGCCUGUGAGAGCAGCCGAGAAACAAGGCCCUGCAGAAUUCAUAAGAUAUACUCCCUCCCAACAAGGUGCAGCAUUCAAUUCUGGAGCUAAGCAGAGAGUGAUUAGACUUGUAGAGACUCAGGUUGAUCCAAUGGAGCCACCUCGGUUCAAAAUAAAUAAAAAAAUUCCCAGAGGACCACCUUCCCCUCCUGCUCCUGUUUUGCACAGCCCUACUCGUAGGGUCACUGUUAAGGAACAGAAAGAGUGGAAAAUACCUCCAUGUAUAUCAAAUUGGAAGAAUGCCAAAGGGUAUACUGUCCCAUUGGACAAGAGACUAGCUGCAGAUGGUAGAGGUCUGCAACAACUACAUAUCAAUGAAAAUUUUGCCAAGUUUGCAGAAGCACUUUACAUAGCUGAUAGAAAAGCAAGAGAAGCUGUGGAAACUCGAGCUCAGCUUGAGAAAAAACUGGCACAGAAGGAAAAAGAAGCUAAGGAGGAGCAUCUUAGACAACUAGCUCAGAGAGCUAGGGAUGAGAGAGCUGGAAUCAAGACUGUACCAAACCUCUCCAAGGCAGUUGAUGAUGAAGAACAAGAAAGAGAUAUGCUUCGUCAGGAUCGCCACAAGGAGCGUGCUCGGGAUAGGAACCUUGCUCGUGCAGCCCCAGAUAAGCGAAGUAAAUUACAGCGGGAACGAGAAAGGGAUAUAUCCGAACAGAUUGCUCUUGGAAUGCCAGCCAGGGGAGUAACUUCUAAUGAAACACAGUUUGAUCAACGGCUUUUUGGCCAAGCCCAAGGAUUAGGGCAAGGUUAUGCAGACGAUGAAGCUUACAAUGUAUAUGAUAAACCUUGGAGAGAGGGCGGGUCUAUGGCUAAUCAUAUUUAUAGACCUAAUAAAAACAUUGAUAAGGAGAUUUAUGGAGGCGAAGAGCUAGAGAAGGCUAUAAGGACCAAUAGAUUUGUUCCGGACAAAGAGUUUGGAGGAACAGAUCGAUCAGGAACUGGUCGUGCUGGACCAGUCCAAUUCGAGAAGGAAGAGGAUCCCUUUGGAUUGGAUCAGUUCUUGUCUCAAGCUAAGAGAGCCAGUAAAAGGAAGGAACCUGAGAAGAGAGAUGACAGAGAUAAGAGAAAGAGGCGUGAUUAGACUAUCCCAGUAUGUGAAGAUCAUAUGUGGACUUUUAAAGAAAUUUUUUGUGGACUCAACAUUUCUUACUGUUUUUCGGGUAUAUAACAUUUCACAAUCUGAAAAAUACACAAAGCUGAAACAGUAGACAAUCUGUUGAAGUGUAGUAAAGGGCAAACUGAUGACUUCACUCCGAAAAGUUAUUGCAUAAUGUAAAGCACUGAAGAGUCCACUUAGUCAGUAACUUGUCCGAUUCAUAAGUUUUGCCUACAAAUUGGAAAAAUCAAUUGAAAAAAAUUGAAUAUUUAUACUUAGCUUUCCGUUUUCAAAAUUUGAAUUUGAUUUGCCUUAAAUUGUAAAUAACUUAAAUUCUUUUGACAUACCUCAAAAGAAUGAAUGUCCAGAAGUCAUAUGCGAUAGUCUACAUGAGUACAUGUACUGGAUAAUUUUUGAGAACUCAGUUGAGGUUAUAUACCCAAAAAAAAACAGUAUCAAUCAUAUGUAAACUUUGUUAAGAAUUUCUAGAAAGAAGUCCUAAGGCAUGAAAACAUAUUUGAUGGUUGAAUAUAACCAUGUUCACUUUAUACAAGUUAUUCAAUUCUCAUUCUUAUAAAAAUCUUUUGUUGUGACCUAAUUUUCUACUAGGAAGACAAGUCAUGAAAUGUUUUAUUUUUAAAUCCUAAAACAUUGAAAAUGGCUUGGCUUACCUACAUAUUUAGAAAUCAUACCAUUGAUUUUAACAAAAUCAGCACCUUUAUCUUCUCAUCAUUUUCUUCCAAAAGUGUACACUGGUAAAAUACAAUUACAGUAUGUAUAUAGCAUGGACAUAAUACAAUGAAAUAUAAAACUUUGAAAUUGAAAGAUUGAUACAAUGGUAGGAAAAUACAUAUUAAUACAUCAGUGGUGCAAGUCUUAA